AUGUCGAAGACUGGUGUUGGGCGAAGACCUGUGUGGAAAUUAUUAGCAGUGACUGUCAUACUCGUGGCAUUAAUUACCUUUUCUUUAAACUUUAUACAUUCAUAUUAUAGCGUCACUGUGCCAACUAGCGAUGAAAUAGCAUACACUCCACCACCCAGGCCGUCUAAACCGUCUAAACCGUCCUCAUCUCUAGCACCUCUUCCUUCUUUACCACCACCAUCUAUACCAGCUCCAUUAAAGGCGCUUGGUGACGUAAAAUUAGCGCCAUCGCCCUUCCUUGCCGAAUAUGUGCCUACCACAUGUGACACUCUACUGCAUGAUAGCUUUCCCAGAUAUCGCACCUUUCGCCUUAAAGGUCCCCGUAAUCGUGAAGUAUUAAUCUUCCGCUGGCUCCAUUAUACGUUCCUAACCCACAAAGAACUAUCCUGGCCAGACGCUGCGCGUGAUCUCUGUCCUUAUCCACCUGAACUUGCACCGUCUUUCCGACGAAUCUUUGAGAGAUUUGCGCCUUCCCCAUAUUCUGACAUAGCUACGUGGCCAGCCGGAUAUGCGCCAUGCUUUUUCUGGACUCAACUGGAUUAUGGAGAGCAAGGCACUUGCGAGGGAGGCACGAGUUGGAGAAUAACGGCGAACUUUACCCGGUGGCGUGAAGCAGACGUAAUGUUAAUAGACUUUCCAUAUCUUCUCCGAGAGGAUUACCCACCAUACUAUGACCUUGCGCGCUUUCCGCCAAAAAAUACAAACCAAGUUUGGUGGUUAAAACUCGUAGAUGAGGGUCUAGCAUACGAAUGGUAUGCCGGACUUAGAGGUUUCCGUGAAUUGUUUGAAAUGACCAUGGGCCCUCCCGCGCGGGUUUUUGACAUAUUCCAACCGACUUUUGGGAUUUCUCGAGAUCGUAUGCCUGAGUUCUACAAAACUGAUAUACCCUUUGAGAAGAAAAAAUCAGACGUUUUGGUUGCAUGGAUGGCUGGAAAUUGUAAUCCCAAGAACAAUCGAAACGAAUUCGUCGACGAACUUAUGAAGUAUAUCACCGUCGAUUCGUACGGCAGCUGUCAUCAUACCAAAAACGUGCCCGAAUACGUUCUCAAAAAGUACGGAAUUAAGCCUGAGGGCAACGCGACGGCGCAUUGGCAGGCGAAUAUGUAUGAAGUCAAGCGAGAUACACUGUCACCCUAUAAAUUUAUAUUGGCAUUUGAAAAUUCCAACUGCGCUGGCUAUGUCACGGAAAAGGUCUAUGAUCCGAUGCUUAUCGAUGCCAUCCCAGUUUACAUGGGUGCGCCGGAUAUUGAUGAUUACGUACCCCCGCAUUCAAUUAUAAAAGUGUCAGACUUUAAGACGGUCAAGGAGUUUGCAGAUUACAUAGAAAAGGUGGCAAAUGACAAGACUUUAUAUGAGAGUUAUUUCGAGUGGAAGAAAGAUAAAACUUAUGACAGUUUCUGUGAAAAAUGUUGGAAGGGUGAAACAUCGUACAUGUGUAAAUUUUUGGAAAGAGCCGAGUGGGUUGGAUGA